CUUUGAAGACUUCCAGGUUGUGUUCAUCUUUGAUGGUCUGGAUGAGUGUCGUCUUCCUCUGGACUUCCACAAAACAACAAUCCUAACUGAUCCUAGAAAGUCCACCUCAGUGGAUGAGUUGCUGAUAAACCUCAUCAGGGGGAAACUGCUUCCUUCUGCUCACCUCUGGAUAACCACACGACCAGCAGCAGCCAAUCAGAUCCCUCCUGAUUGUGUUGACAUGGUGACAGAGGUCAGAGGGUUCACUGACCCACAGAAGGAGGAGUACUUAAGGAAGAGAUUCAGAGAUGAGGAGCAGGCCAGCAGGAUCAUCUCCCACAUAAAGACAUCAGGAAGCCUCCACAUCAUGUGCCACAUCCCAGUCUUCUGCUGGAUCACUGCUACAGUUCUGGAGGAUGUGCUGAAAACCAGAGAGGGAGGACAGCUGCCCAAGACCCUGACUGAGAUGUAUACCCACUUCCUGGUGGUUCAGGUCAAAAUGAAGAUGGUCAAGUAUGAUGGAGGAGCUAACACAGAUCCACACUGGAGUCCCAAGAACAGGAAGAUGAUUAAGUAUCUAGGAAAACUGGCUUUUGAUCAGCUGCAGAAAGGAAACCUGAUCUUCUAUGAAUCAGACCUGACAGAGUGUGGCAUCGAUAUCAGAGCAGCCUCAGUGUACUCAGGAGUGUCCACACAGAUCUUUAAAGAGGAGAGAGGACUGUACCAGGACAGGGUGUUCUGCUUCAUCCAUCUGAGUGUUCAAGAGUUUCUGGCUGCUCUUCAUGUCCAUCGGACCUUCAUCAUGUCUGGACUCAAUCUGCUGGAAGAACAACAAACAACCCUCAAAUUCUCUAAAUUAUUUGACAAACCAAAACUUCAAUCUCUCCACCAAAGUGCUGUGAACAAGGCCUUACAGAGUCCAAAUGGACACCUGGAUUUGUUCCUCCGCUUCCUCCUGGGUCUUUCACUGCAGGCCAGUAAGACUCUCCUGCGAGGCUUCAGACAGGAAGUAGCUCACAGACCAAUCAGGAAACAGUCCAGUACAUUAAAAAAAAGCUCAGUGAGGAUAUGUCUGCAGAGAGAAGCAUCAAUCUGUUCCACUUAUUUUGAAUCCAUGAUGUUUGAUUUUAUUCUUGUGUUCUUUAUGUCUAGUUUGAGUAGCUGUUUCCUCUCAGAAAAAAGCUGUGAAGCACUGUCCUCAGUCCUCACCUGCCAAACCUCGAAUCUGAGGGAGCUGGACCUGAGUAACAACGACCCACAAAAUUCAGGAGUGAGGCUUCUGUCUGCUGCACUGCAGAGUCCACAUUGUGCACUGGAAACACUAAGAUUGAGUGUCUGUAACCUUUCAGAGAGAAAUUGUGAAGCUUUGUCCUUAGUUCUGAGCUCUCAGUCCUCUAGUCUGAAAGAGUUGGACCUGAGUGACAACAACCUAGAAGAUUCAGGAGUGAAGCUUCUGUGUGCUGGAGUUGAGAGUCCACACUGUACACUGGAAAGUCUCAGUCUGUCAUGCUGUCUGAUCACAGAGGAAGGCUGUGCAUCUCUGGCUUCAGUUCUGAGCUCUAAUCCCUCCCAUUUGAGAGAGCUGGACCUGAGCUACAAUCAUCCAGGAGCCUCAGGAAUGAAGCUGCUGUUGGCUGGACUAAAGGAUCCCCGCUGGAAAGUGGACACACUAAGAUUCCUGUCAACUCACAAUCGACACAAACACAGUGAACACAGACCUCCAACUGUCUGA